CGCCGGGCCCCAGGGUCCCCCAAUCCAUGGCCGCCUCGGCGCCGCCCCCACCGGACAAGCUGGAGGGAGGCAGCGGCCCCGCACCGCCCCCCGCGCCGCCCAGCACCGGGAGGAAGCAGGGCAAGGCCGCAAGUGUACGUGGAAGUUAGAGUCUGGAAAGUGGCUGGGAGGAAGGAGACAGUAGAACCUCAGGAAAACUUGCCUCGUCUGCCUAUUGCUGCUCUUCCAGGUCUGCAAAUGAAGAGCCCUGAAAAGAAACGAAGAAAGUCCAACACUCAGGGUCCUGCAUACUCACAUCUGACAGAGUUUGCACCACCCCCGACUCCCAUGGUGGAUCAUCUGGUUGCCUCUAACCCUUUUGAGGAUGACUUCGGAGCCCCUAAGGUGGGGGGUGCAGGCCCUCCAUUCCUUGGCAGUCCUGUGCCCUUUGGAGGCUUUCGUGUACAGGGGGGCAUGGCAGGCCAGGUACCCCCAGGCUAUGGCACUGGAGGAGGAGGGGGUCCCCAGCCACUUCGUCGACAGCCCCCUCCUUUCCCUCCCAACCCUAUGGGCCCAGCUUUUAAUAUGCCUCCUCAGGGCCCUGGCUAUCCACCCCCAGGCAACAUGAACUUUCCCAGUCAACCCUUCAACCAGUCUCUGGGCCAAAACUUUAGCCCACCUGGUGGGCAGAUGAUGCCGGGCCCAGUGGGGGGAUUUGGUCCCAUGAUCUCACCCACCAUGGGACAGCCUCCUAGAGGGGAGCUGGGUCCUCCUCCUCUCCCCCAACGCUUUGCCCAACCAGGAGCUCCUUUUGGUCCUUCCCUUCAGAGACCUGGUCAGGGACUCCCCAGCCUGCCUCCUAACACAAGUCCCUUCCCUGGUCCAGACCCUGGUUUUCCAGGCCCUGGCGGUGAGGAUGGGGGAAAGCCCUUGAACCCACCUGCUCCCACUGCUUUUCCCCAGGAGCCCCACUCAGGCUCCCCGGCUGCAGCUGUUAAUGGGAACCAGCCUAGUUUCCCCCCAAGCAGCAGUGGUCGAGGCGGGGGCACUCCAGAUGCCAACAGCCUGGCACCCCCAGGCAAGGCAGGUGGAGGCUCAGGGCCCCAGCCUCCCCCAGGCCUGGUGUACCCUUGUGGUGCCUGUCGGAGUGAGGUGAAUGAUGACCAGGAUGCCAUUCUGUGUGAGGCCUCCUGCCAGAAGUGGUUUCACCGAGAGUGUACUGGAAUGACAGAAAGCGCCUAUGGGUUGCUAACCACCGAAGCCUCUGCAGUCUGGGCCUGUGAUCUGUGUCUCAAGACCAAGGAGAUCCAGUCUGUCUACAUCCGAGAGGGCAUGGGGCAGUUGGUGGCUGCUAACGAUGGGUGACUCCAGUGGGGUGGCCUGGGGAAGUGCACAUUUCUUAUUGUGCUCUUGCAGAGUAAUUACGUGGCUCUCACUCCUCGUUUUUCACUGGCUUCCCAUCCACAUGGAGCAGAAACACACGGUUCCUGGAAGCAGAAGAGGAACUGAAGCGGGCAGGCAGAAGAACCUCGAUUGCUUGUUUGUUUUUGUUUUUGUUUUUCCUGGGAACUUGUGCAUUGAGACCUUUGGAGAUGCAGGAAGCCCAAUCCCUGCUGAGCAGGGAGCCAUUCCUAGAGUCUUGCUGGAGGCUGCAAGAGAAAAGGGACUAGAGGAAGUUCCAGAUGGCAAGGAUGUCCUGCCUGCAGAUGACGGAUGACCCUAACACCGGUGCCUAUGAUGCCUACAUAGCUCCAGAGCUACAACUGUAACUUUUGGAGUCACAUGUUCAAGGUUUCUUCACUCCCUGAGAUGUAGUCCUUUUUGUGGGUUCUGGAAACAAAUGGUGAUCUCUCUCUUUGCUUCCCCUGGACCCAUCUUACUGCUUUCUCCUCACAACACCAAAUACCUUGAAGAAGCAGCAUUCCUGACUUGGCAGUUGCUUGUCUGGGGGUCAAGACUGUAGAUACAAGAUGCUGAGAAUACAUCUUCCUCACACCAAAGUCACUGGUCCUUUCUCAGCUUCUCUGUGCUUUUCUCUCAGUGACCAUGUUUUUGCCAAAAGUUUGGGAUAUGUGGUCGGUCUGACCAGAAUAUUUGAAGUUUGGGCUCCCCCUGGAAGUCUGGACUGGAGAUAUUAACCCCUUCAUUCCCCCCUGCUACUGCACAUUGUGGUAGCUGUUCUUCAACUCUUGGUGCCCCACUUUCUCUGCCUCGGGAAAGUUUGGAAAGGCAUGAAGCCCUUAUACCUCAUUCCUUCCCUAAUAAAAGGAUCCAAGUGAGGCCCUGCUGUGGCUUUGAGGGGUUGGGGUGGGCAGCAGGAUCCUCAAAGCCAUGGUACUAAAAGCUAGAACCUGAACUUCACUGCUUCACCCUUUUUUUAUCAUCUGGGCCUGGUGAUCCAGCAACUAGGCUUGGUUUAUUUUUAUUUUUGUAGCAUUCCCUGCCGGUGAUGAGACUGGGGCCUCGUCAGGAGCUAGCUCCCUUAGCUUCUCUUAACCUUUCCAGCUAGCCUGUGUGCCCAUUCCUUAUAUGGGUGAGGAAAGCAAGCUUGGGUGUGGCCCCUUUGGGUGAAAUCUCAGUGCCCAGCACUAGGCAUGAUACUGUCCUGCCCUGCUUGUUAUGCUCCCUGCACAUGGAUAAGACAAGACACUGAUGAAGUUGAAGCCUUUGAAGCUGAGGAGAAGGGUGGACCUGCUUCCUACUUUGUCCCCAACUCCUAAACUUUGUAUGUGGCAGCCUUUGCUCACCUUUGUAUUGUGUUGUGGUUCUGUUUACCCCUAUUACCUGUUGCUACUUUUGUGUUGUCUUCAUGGUUUGUAAAAUGCUCCUGGGGAGGGUUCAUCCCCAUGUUCCUCUCUGCUACUUUUUGGAAGAAGGUGGGUUGGCAGAGAUGUGGUUACAGGAUCUUUUUUAUAUGGUUGGACUAAUAAAAUGACUUGAAAAUCCAAA